GUAUCCACCGUCUUUCUCGUGUCCACAUUCAGUCCCUUCCAGACCGCAGACUGGUUACUGAUCGAGUAUAAAUGACGCGGCGCGGUAGCAAGUCGCGCAAGUUUUCAUAUUGCUCGAACAUGACACGUCGUGGCUCUCGUUCUCUCAUUCACAUAUACGUCUGUCUGGCGUUCGUCACGGUCGCAAUUGGACAAGAGGAAUGCGAUAAAACAAAAUGUCCGGGUCCAUUGGCAUAUUACAAGGAUCUCAAUUGUAUCCCGGUGUAUGAAAAAGAGGGUGAUUGCUGCGCGACAAAAUACAACUGUGAUCAUCUGAAAGAGAGAUCCACAACCAAAUGUUACGUCAACGGUAAGGAGUACGAGAUCGGAGAGAUUCUGAAAGACGAGGACGCAAAUCCUUGUGAUGUAGGUUGUAGAUGUGUCACAGGAUAUAAUGGAAUCGCAUCAUUUAAUUGCGCAAUAGUUGAUUGUUUCCAUGGGCCAGUGAACCCAGGCUGCUAUAGAAAGAAUUCCCCAUUAGAUUGCUGUCCUGGAGAGGAGAUUUGUCCUAAAAAUCCCGAAGAUAGAGCUAUCUGUAAUGUAGACGGAAAGGAAUAUAGAGAUGGAGAAUAUUUUACUGUUGAAAGUGAACCGGAUUUAAACUGUGUAUGCCAACCAGGCUACGAAGGGAAAAACGUCGAACCUUUCUGUGCAAAACCUAAGCAUCCAUACUGCAGCCCUGAUUUCCGACAUGUAGCCGAUAUUAUUAAUAAUUGCAUUCCGGUUUAUUACUCGAGUCAAUCGCCGCAAACUAGUUGCAGUGUGUCUUCUAGAUGUCAAAACGAUAAUGACACUGUUAUUCACAACGAGAACAAUUCGAAAUCUGCCGAUAAAAAUUCCAAUGACGAGGACGUUUGUUAUUUUGGUAAUAUGACUAUGCAUCGCGGUGACGAGUUGAAUCAAGCUACAGAUUAUAGUUCUGUAUGCGUUAAAUGCAUUUGCGAAGUGCCUCCUGUACCCACUUGUCAGCGUUUACCGGAUGAAAAAUGCGAUGUCACACAGCAUCCUCCUUUCCAUUCUUUUUAAAAAUCUGUGAUAAUGUAAUAAUUACUUCCAUUGUUUGACUUAGGAUAUCAUAGUAAAGUAGUCCAUAAAUACAAGAACCUCUUUAUGUAUAUUUUCAUAUAAUUUGUAUUUCUUCUAUUGAUUACAAUAAAAUUAUGUUUUUAUGUAUUGCACGUUAAAA